AGGUGAGGGCUGAGCGGCGCUGCGGGCGGCAGGCGGGCGGGAAUGGCUCCGGAGCGCCAGGUAACGGUGUGUGGGGCUCGCUGGGAGCCGAGGUCGGUGGCUGACGGGUGGCUGAAGGGUGUUUUCUGCUCUGGUAUGAGCGAGCUGCUGUUAAACGCGUUCCUGGGAGCUGUUACUGUCGUGCCGUGAGCUUUUGUUGUCAGCUGUUGUGGCUUUGUGAGGUUUUGUGAGCAUUGGACUUUAGGGCACUGAGGCCCUGGCAGCGCUGCCCAGAGCUGUGGGUGCCCCAUCCCUGAGGUGCCCGAGGCCAUGGAUGGGCCCUGGGCAGCUGAGCUGGGGGCAGCCAGCACAUGGCAGGGUGGGGGAUCCCUGAGCUCCCCUCCAUCCUCAGCUACUCUGAUUUCCAUCUUAAGAAGGGUUGAGAGGGAUCCCCCGGGCUGGAGGUGGAGCACAAACAUCUGCGUUUUCCUACAAUAAUAACUGAAUUUCUUUGGCACCUUUUAUCCCCGUAGUGUAGUUUACUAACUUUUGCAAAGGAAAUCUAAUUCAGCCCAUGCUGUGGAUGGAGUCCCAGCCCCUGCUGAGCGCACCCAGCAAGUUUCCCAGCUGGACCUUGUUUCUGGCUGUGUGCUCGGUGGGAAUUGGAGGGACCUUUCAGUAUGGAUAUAACGUUUCCAUUAUCAAUGCCCCCACUCAGCACAUCCACAAGUUCUUAAAUGAAACCUGGGCCAGUCGUUAUCACGUGGAGCUCAAUCCCAAUCUGCUGACUUUUCUUUGGUCUGUCAUUGCUUCUAUCUUUUCACUUGGAGGUCUGUGUGGAGCCCUUAUUGGAGGCAGCAUGGCAAUUCAGCUCGGCAGGAAAGGAGCUCUUCUGAUGAAUAACGUUAUAGCCAUACUGGCUGCCAUUUUAAUGGGGAUCAGUUUUUCAACAGGGUUGUUUGAGUUGCUGAUUGUUGGAAGGUUUUUGAUCGGUAUAAAUUCAGGUGUUGGGCUCUGUGUGCAACCCUUGUACCUUGGGGAGAUUGCCCCAAAACAUCUCCGAGGAGGCAUGGCCAUGGGCAGCUCCAUCUUUCUGACUGGGGGCAUUCUGGCAGGACAAAUAAUUGGUUUGAGGGAAAUAUUAGGUGCAGAAGCAUAUUGGCCUCUUUUGCUAUCCAGCAGCUGUGUUCCAGCAUUUGCCCAACUUUUGUUCCUGCCAUGGUUUCCUGAAAGUCCCAGAUAUCUUCUUAUUGAUAGAGGUGAUGAGCUGAGCUGUGCCAAAGCUCUGAAGCGAUUUCAUGGUUCUUCACAGUACCAAAGGGAGAUGGCAGACAUACAGCAGGAGUGCUUUGCCUUAGAUGGGGAGAAACCCAAGAAGCCCUGGCAGCUCUUCACUGAUGGCACUGUGCGAUGGCAGCUCAUUGCUGUCGUUGUGAUAACUAUGGGCCAGCAGCUCAGUGGGAUAAAUGCUAUUUAUUUCUAUGCAACCUAUGUUUUCGAGCAAGCUGGGAUCUCAGCUGAGGAAAUCCCCUAUGUGACUCUGGGCACUGGCGCUUGUGAAUGCCUCACAGCACUCACCUGUGGUUUACUUAUAGACCGCGUGGGAAGAAGAUAUCUCAUCCUUGGGGGAUACCUCCUUAUGACCCUCUGGAGCAUUGUUUUAACGUUCUCCCUGACUUACCAGGAGCUGUACUCCUGGGUGCCAUAUGUGAGCAUGAUGUCAAUAUUUGCCUUCAUACUGAGCUUUGGGCUGGGACCAGGUGGCAUAACCAACACGCUGACAGCUGAAAUCUUUGUGCAGUCUUCACGUCCUGCUGCCUGCAUGAUUGGAGGGACUGUUAGCUGGGUUAGUUUCUUCACCAUUGGAAUGCUUUUUCCUUUUAUAGUGAAAGGACUGAAGCAGUACUGCUUUGUGGUGUUCUUACUGGAGUGCUCCUUAGUUGCUGCUUUCAUCUUCCUCGUAAUUCCUGAGACAAAAAACAAAUCCUUUCUGGAGAUCAAAAAGGAAUUCCACAAACUUAAUUUUGGAAGAAAAAGCAAAGAAAAGGAAACGGAACUUAAUGAAAGAAGCCAACUCCGUGGUGAACAUUGAAGUAUAUUCACAGCUAUGACAGAAUGACUUUCAUGAGAGUUAGAAAUGCUGCCCUCUAAAUGAGCACUGUAGCACUAUGAACAAGGAGUUCAUUACUUCCUCCUGCAUAUUGAGAGGAAGUUUAAGUAAAGGCAAGUAAAUCUUCCUAAGAUGCUCUUACCACAGAUACUGCUGAACUGCUGUUAGAACGAAUUAUACAGAAGACUCAAUGUUUAGAUAAGAUUUGAUGUAAGAAUGCAGAAGUGGUGGUAGUGGUUGUUAAAUGAAUUCCACUCCUCACUGCCUCCAGCAGCUGCCUUUGGGUAGGCACUGUGCUUCAGUAGCUCUCUUAGUUCUAAGCCCUUUCUUCAGAUCCAGGCAUCUGUUUGUGCUUUACUGAAGAAUAUACAGCUCAUAUAAGAUUGAAGGCCAUUAAAUCCCUGCUCGUUCUCCUGCACACACACAGGCAGUCUGUCUCAAAGCAAUCAAGGCAGUGUGACACUGAUGUGAUUUAUCUUCUUUAGAUUAGCUUAAGUAAUAAUGAGGUUUAUUAGAAAGAUUUGUUUCCCAAAACAGUAAUAAUAAAGACAGGACCUGUUUUGA